CUCAAAAAAGCAAAAUCGCUACAGUGAAAAAAUGGUUUGAAAACCCGCAUAAAUUCAAAUCCGCAUAAAAAAGACCUAAGUAUAUGUAACAAGCACGGAAUCUGUAAAAGAGUAGAAAAAACGGCAAAAAAUCGAAUAUUAAAAACGUCUUAUAAAAACACUUUCGAAAGUGGAACCGGUUAAAAACUAGCUGCAAAGUAAUGUACUGGGAGACAAUUGCCAGAGAAUUGAGAGACGAAAUAAACAACAUUCAACUAUAUUAUUAGGCAAAGAAUUAUUGAAGAAGUAAAACCGUUUCACCUAAGGCAGUCAAUAUGGCGGAAUCAGAGCGAGCAGCUGCCAGCCUUGUAUUAUUGCAUCAUGGUUCUACGCUAGUUCUGAUCAUGAUUCAAUAACACGAGGUUGGAUAAAUAUUGACAUUUGUGUCAAUCGACUGCGUUGUAAGGUUGCGUUUGAGAAGGAAAGAGAUGCGGGUAACAAUUGUAUCCCCUUUUGUGAAAAGGUAGUUGGAAAAGUAGUCUGAUAGUGCUAAAAUGCGUUUUUUAUAUACAAAUUGAAUUAAAUAUAUUAGGAAUUUUCCACUGAUCUACACAAUAGACAAUGAAUUAAUUUUUUAUGGCCAUAUAAAUAUUAAAAAUGUAACAAAUGAAUAUUCACUUAAAAUUCUCAACAAAGAAAAAUCGUAUCGACAAAUAUUCCUAAACAUUAAAAAUAAACCAUGGUUUUAUUGAAAUUCCAGUGUAUAUUAAACAAAAUUAAUAGAAUUCAAACAAAUCCUUUGUUCAAAGGGAGUAUAUGAAGAAAUAUACAAACGGUAAAGAUGCAAUUGAUAUAAUGCAUAUAAGUGAGUCUUAAAAAUUAUUAUAUUUAUUGCAUUUAAAGAUUACAUUUUUAGAAAUUUUGCGAUAUGGAUCGCGAUCCAGCAAUACUGCAUGCUACACCGUCAAUAAAUAUCGCGAUACUUGGAUCACGUCAAUAAAUACGAACCGUGUGACAGGACCCUAUAAAUGCGGGAGCGAGACAAUUGCCAGGUUAUCCAACCUUCUAUUAUUGAAUCAUGGAGUGAAAUUAGAAAUAAGAAGCAGUCCAGUUCUGUCUUUUGCAUAUUUCACAAACGAACUCAAUUUGUGCUAUUACUUGUUGUCCGCGAGGCCGCGGAUUGAAAUACAUAUAUUUUUUUAAAGUUUCCUAAAGAACGAAACAUAAGUGGCGCCCAACGUGGGACCUGCUUACAUUUUAAAAGUGUUCGUAUCGAAAAAUUUUUAAGUAAAAGUCAGUCGAACCGAAUUUUUUUUUAAAUGAAACGAGUAGUGAUCGUGUUAGAAAAACCGAAGGAACUUUUUCGUGAAUAGAGAGCUGGGAGAGAUCUAUCAGUAUGUACAUCACACAGGCAAUACACAAAAUCUCCAAUGACGUCAUACUUCUGCCAAAAUUUUCAAGAGAGAGUUAACGGUAUCACAAUCAGCGCCACCUUCUGUAUUCGUUUCACCAUGCAGUAGCAGCAGCCUGCAACAGCUCAACGUUUCAAAGGAUAGGAGUCUGGAUUUAAGGUUAUCAACAGCUUAGGAUUUAGGUUGUGGAGGGCAAAUACUCCAGCAGGUUGAGCCAGAGAUUAUUGAACAAGAGCAAUGGCUAUUGACCAGGAAUUCCAGUUAGAACAGCAGCAACACCGGAAAGAGUCUGUCUCCGAUUCGAAACAUUUUUCAAUGCAGAAUGCAACUGACUCCUACCUGACAAAAGAUACUCCAGUGAAGAUGGAAUCUGCCUCCGAUUUAACAGAUUUUUCAAUGCAGAAUGCAACUGACUCCUACCCGACAAAAGAUACUCCAGUGAAAAUUGAAGCUGCCUGCGAUUUAACAGACUUUUCAACGCAGAAUGCAACUGUCUCCUACCUGACAGAAGAUAUUACAGUGAAGAGUGAAGCUGCCGCAGAUUUUUCAAUGCAGAAUAAAACUGACUCCUAUCUGACAGAAGAUCUUCCAGUGAAGAAUGAAACUGUCUCCGAUUUGACAGGCUUUUUAAUGCAGAAUACAACCGUCUCCUACCUGGCGGAAGACCUUCCAGUGAAGAAUGAAGCUGCCUCCGAUUUAAAAGACUUUUCAAUGCGGAAUAAAACUGACUCUUACCUGGCAGAAGAUAUUCCAGUGAAGAAUGAAGCUGCCUCCGAUUUAAAAGAUUUUUCAAUUCAGAAUAAAACAGACUCCUACCUGUCAAAAAAUACUCCAGUGAAGAUUGAAGCUGCCUGCGAUUUGACAGGCUUUUCAAUGCAGAAUGCAACUGUCUCCUACCUGGCGGAAGACCGUCCAGUGAAGAAUGGGUCUGUCUCCGACUUGAAAGGCUUUUCAAUGCAGAAUGAAACUGACUCUUACCUGUCAGAAGAUAUUCCAGUGAAGAAUGAAGCUGCCUCCGAUUUAACAGAUUUUUCAAUGCAAAAUAAAAGUGACUCCUACCUGUCUAAAUAUACUGCAGUGAAGAUUGAACCUGCCUGCGAUUUGACAGAUUUUUCAACCCAGAAUGCAACUGACUCCUACCUAACAGAAGAUCUUCCAGUGAAAAGUGAAACUGUCUCUGGUUUGACAGAUUUUUCAAUCCAGAAUGAAACUGACUCCUGCCUGACAGAAGAUAUUCCAGUGAAGAAUGAAGCUGCCUCCGAUUUUGCAGAUUUUUUAAUUCAGAAUGAAACUGACUCCUACCUGUCAGAAGAUCUUCCAGUGAAGAUUGAAGCUGUCCCCGAUUUGACAGAUUAUUCAAUGCAGAAUGAAACUGGUUCCUUCCUGACAGAAGAUCUACUAGUGAAUAAUGAAACUGUCUCCGAUUUGACAGAAGAUCUUUCCAUUGGUCAGCAAUUCCAGUCAGAACAGCUUCAACAACAUAAUGAAUCUUACUCCUAUUUGAAAAAAGAUCUUCAAGAGCCGAAUACAUCAACUCCAAGUAAAGCAAAAACUUCUACGGAGCGAUCAAGACUAUGGAGAGAAAAGCUGAAGAGGCUAACUGAGGCAGAGCGGAGCGAAAAUUAUAGGGAAAGAAAGCGUGCAGGCGUGUGUAUUACCAAGCCAGUUGCCAAAUCAAGCGUACAACGUAACCGGGAGUGGAGAGAGAGGAAGAAACUAAUGCGACAGCAACUUGACGCCGAUACAACGCAAGGAAAUUAUAUCAAGCCACUUGCCAAAUCAAGCUCACAACGUAACCGCGAAUGGAGAGAGAGGAAGAAACUAAUGCUACAGCAACUUGACGCCGAUACAACGCAAGGAAAUGAUAUCAAGCCAGUUGCCAAAUCAAGCGUACAACGUAACCGCGAAUGGAGAGAGAGGAAGAAACUAAUGCGACAGCAACUGGACGCCGAUACAACGCAAGGGCGGAAGCUUCAGCCUAAGUCUGUUAGCACUGUGUUAGUCCAACAACCGACACAGUUCCCAUCGCCCGGCGAAACAACAAGCACAUCGCCUAAUGCAUCCGUGGAUGUCUGCAAUCAAGCCUCACCAGCAGUGGAUCUUACAGACGAAGAUGUGGUGGCUAGUACUGCUACUGCAACUCCACAAGUUCGCCAGCGCAGUAUCAUCAACACCAACAUUGGCAUCAACUCACAGAUAAUGAGCGCAAAUCCUUCUGUACCACCGAUACCUGUCAUUCCCAUGAACCAGAAGACAGCUCCAAUAGGUGGUAUACGACAACAGAGUCCUAUUACGGCAACAAAAACCAACCGCAGUGUACUCAUGUCAAAUAUCUUCAUACCGCCCUCCGCCACCAGCAUUACGCGCGUACACAUCAGUCCAGCGAAUAUGCCAACGCCGCCCGUAUGCAGAUACAGCCAUCCUGCGCCGCUGCCUAAUACACCGCCACAACCCCUCAAUCCCGACUGGAAACUGACACCUUCCAGACCUACCAUACGUAUUAGUAAUCUUGCGAAUAGCAUUGUCAUUUCUUGGACUAUGGAGGAUUCCAUGGAACGAUUUGCUGAAUGUGUGCUUUAUCAAAUUUAUGCUUACCAAGAGACCUCCGGCCCGCCAGCGGUUGAUUCGUGGUGGCAUUUCGGCGAUGUGAAAGCAAUGUCACUACCGAUGGCGGUCACGUUGCCACAGUUACAAGAAGGUGAACGGUAUUACUUUGCUGUUCGUGCUAUGGACGAGCAUAAGCGAUUCGGACCAUUUAGUAUGCCGAAAACGUGGACCUAAAUGGAUGGCUGAAAGGUUGGAUGAUAUAUAUUACAAGAAACACUAGAACAUUACAACCACAAGUAGUCAUACAUAAAAUAUUAUUACAUUCGAUAUUUUCAUUUUUUUUUCAUGUUUCACCACAUUAUGAUGUAUUUGGUGAGUUUGUAACACCAUAAAUGGAUACUCUAGAAAUUGUGAAUUAAUUGUAAUUCGUAUAAAUUAGGUCUCAAUUAAAAUAAUUACUAUUAAAAAAGGAGUAUUCGCAUAUUUGAGUAUAUUAACUAGAGUCCGACCGAACGUUCGGCUUCUGCUUUGGCCGAAAAAUUUACCUUCAGUCGAAUUCUAAUAUUAACUACGGCAUAUGUUUAAAAUAGGUAUUUUUAAAAGACAUAAAUGAUUCAACCGAAGAAUGAAAAUUAUUCACUAAACCACUCAAAAAUUCUAAUAAAUAUUUAAUUAAGGUAAAAACUUAAUUAUUUUUAGUUGUUUGGUGCAAUGGCACUGCAGUUCGUAAAUGCAACCCGCAGAAUUACGGUAAAGAAUGAAAAUCGUUUAUUCAUAAACUAUACUUCAUGAAUAUGACUUAUUUUCGCAAAU